GUGACAAUCACGCGCUGAUUUUUCUCAACUAACCAUAAAGACAUUGGCACCCUUUACCUAGUAUUUGGUGCCUGAGCCGGAAUAGUCGGCACAGCCUUAAGUCUCCUAAUCCGAGCAGAGCUAGCCCAACCUGGCGCCCUCCUGGGUGAUGAUCAAAUCUAUAACGUCAUCGUUACUGCUCACGCCUUUGUAAUAAUCUUCUUUAUAGUAAUACCAAUUAUGAUCGGAGGAUUUGGAAACUGGCUUGUACCCCUCAUGAUCGGGGCACCGGACAUGGCCUUCCCCCGAAUAAAUAACAUAAGCUUCUGGCUUCUCCCUCCCUCCUUCCUACUACUACUAGCCUCCUCUGGAGUUGAAGCAGGGGCAGGAACAGGGUGGACCGUUUACCCCCCUCUUGCAGGAAACCUUGCCCAUGCAGGAGCUUCUGUAGAUUUAACAAUCUUUUCACUACAUCUAGCAGGUGUGUCCUCUAUUCUUGGAGCCAUUAAUUUCAUUACAACUAUCAUUAACAUGAAGCCCCCAGCCAUCUCACAGUACCAAACACCUUUAUUUGUGUGGGCCGUACUAAUUACAGCAGUCCUUUUGCUCCUAUCCCUGCCAGUCCUGGCCGCAGGGAUCACAAUACUUCUGACUGACCGAAACUUAAAUACUACCUUCUUCGACCCGGCAGGGGGAGGAGAUCCAAUCCUUUACCAACAUCUUUUCUGAUUUUUCGGACACCCAGAAGUCUACAUUCUGAUUCUACCCGGAUUUGGAAUAAUUUCUCAUAUUGUGGCCUACUAUGCCGGUAAAAAAGAACCAUUCGGCUACAUGGGAAUGGUCUGAGCUAUAAUGGCCAUUGGUCUCCUAGGCUUCAUCGUAUGGGCCCAUCACAUAUUCACAGUAGGAAUAGACGUAGACACACGGGCAUACUUUACAUCCGCAACAAUAAUUAUCGCAAUCCCAACAGGGGUUAAAGUAUUUAGCUGAUUAGCCACCCUCCACGGAGGGUCUAUUAAAUGAGAAACGCCAAUACUAUGGGCUCUCGGGUUUAUUUUCCUAUUUACAGUUGGAGGGCUCACCGGAAUUGUAUUAGCCAACUCAUCCCUAGAUAUUGUAUUACAUGACACCUACUAUGUCGUAGCCCACUUUCACUACGUUCUAUCGAUGGGGGCCGUAUUUGCAAUCAUAGGAGCUUUCGUUCACUGAUUCCCCCUUUUUACAGGCUACACAAUGCACGACACCUGAACAAAAAUUCACUUUGGAACUAUAUUUGUAGGCGUAAAUCUUACCUUCUUCCCCCAACACUUCCUAGGCCUAGCCGGAAUACCACGGCGGUACUCAGACUACCCAGACGCAUACUCACUAUGAAAUAUUGUCUCGUCCAUCGGCUCCUUAAUCUCCCUAGUAGCAGUCGUAAUAUUCUUAUAUAUCCUAUGAGAAGCUUUCACCGCCAAACGAGAAGUACUCUCCGUUGAAUUAACUGCCACAAACGUAGAAUGACUGCACGGAUGUCCUCCUCCCUACCACACAUUUGAGGAACCAGCAUUCGUACAAGUACAGACAAACUAA